AUGCCACGUCAACAUUACGAAAUCAAACAAGGCAAAGAACCAAAAGAAGAUUGGAAUGGUCAAUAUCAAUUUGCCGAAAUUAAAGAAAGCGUUACUUCACGUGCAAUGACUUCACGUUAUUAUGAAGAUAUGAUGAACGCUGCCGUGAGUGAUGUUGUGAUUUUGGGUGCAGGUUCGGCUGGUUUGUCUUGUGCAUACACUUUGGCAAAACAAAGACCUGAUUUGCGUAUCACAAUCUUGGAAGCUUCCGUUGCACCCGGUGGCGGUUGUUGGUUAGGCGGUCAAUUGAUGAGCGCAAUGGUUGUUCGUAAACCUGCUCAUAAUUUAUUGGACGAAUUAAAGAUCCCAUACGAAGAUGAAGGUACUCAUGUUGUAGUCAAACAUGCAGCUUUGUUCACUUCAACAAUUUUAAGUAAAAUUUUGGAAUUGCCAAACGUCAAGCUCUUUAACGCAACUUGUGCAGAAGAUUUGAUCAUCAAAAAAGACGCUCAAGGCGUUCAACGUGUAAACGGAGUCGUUACAAAUUACACUCUCGUCACAAUGGCACACGGUUUGCAAUCUUGCAUGGACCCACAAACAAUCACUGCACCAGUCAUUUGCUCUUUCUGCGGUCAUGAUGGUCCUUUCGGUGCUUUUGCUGUAAAACGUUUGGAAAGUGCAGGUUUGAUCAAAUUGGGGGAUAUGAACCCAUUGGAUAUGGAACAAAGUGAGGGUUUGAUCGUUAACAACACACGUGAAGUCGUUCCUGGUUUGAUCUGUGGUGGAAUGGAACUCAGUGAAGCUGAUGGUCAUCCAAGAAUGGGUGCAAGCUUCGGUGGAAUGUUGGCUUCAGGUGUCAAGGCUGCCUUGGAUGCCGUCAAGUUGUACGACAACCUUGACCACGAAGAAGGUGAAGUCAAGGGCUUGCGUGCUUGA